CGGAAGGCAUCUAAAACUUCAUAGACUGCCGCGGUGAUGGCGGGCGGACUGUGUGGCUGGAGCCGGGCGGCUCUUCUCCAUCUCCUUCUUGGCGUGAACAUGAUGGUGAUGCCAUCCACCCAGGCCCGGAGUCUGCGUUUUAUCACCUUGCUGUACCGACAUGGAGACCGUUCGCCAGUGAAAACAUAUCCCAGGGACCCCCAUCAGGAAGAUGAGUGGCCCCAGGGGUUUGGUCAGCUGACCAAGGAGGGAAUGCUACAGCACUGGGAGCUGGGCCAGGCUCUGCGGCAGCGCUACCAGGGCUUUCUGAAUGCCUCUUACCACUGGCAAGAGGUGGUGCUUGUGUCAUCACCUCUGCAGGUGUAUGUGCGGAGCACAGACUUUGACCGUACUCUCAUGAGCGCUGAAGCCAACUUGGCUGGACUCUUCCCUCCCAAUGGGAGGCAACGUUUCAACCCAAACAUCUCUUGGCAGCCUAUCCCGGUCCACACUGUGCCCAUCACUGAGGACAGGCUGCUGAAGUUCCCAUUGGGUCCCUGUCCCCGAUAUGAGCAGCUACAGAACGAGACCCGGCAGACACUGGAGUAUCAGAAUGAGAGGAUUCAGAAUGCACAAUUUCUGGAUAUGGUGUCCAACGAGACAGGGCUUACAGACCUGACACUGGAGACCAUCUGGAAUGUCUAUGACACACUCUUCUGUGAGCAAACACACGGGCUGGUCCUGCCGCCCUGGGCCUCACCCCGAGCCAUGCAGCGCCUGAGCCAGCUAAAGGACUUCAGCUUCCGCUUCCUCUUCGGGAUCUACAAGCAGGCAGAGAAGGCCCGGCUUCAGGGGGGAGUCCUACUGGCUCAGAUACGGAAGAACCUGACCCUGAUGGCGACCUCCUCCCAACUCUCCAAGCUGCUGGUUUAUUCUGCGCACGACACCACACUGGUUGCUCUACAAAUGGCACUGGAUGUCUACAAUGGUGAACAAGCCCCCUAUGCCUCCUGCCACAUAUUUGAACUGUACCAGGAAGAUAAUGGGAAUUUCUCAGUGGAGAUGUACUUCCGGAAUGACAGUAACAAGGCACCCUGGCCACUGAUCCUGCCCGGCUGCCCUCACCGCUGCCCGCUGGAGGACUUCCUUCGCCUCACGGAGCCUGUUGUGCCCCAGGAUUGGCAGCAGGAGUGCCAGCUUGUGAGCAGUCCUGCAGACACAGAGGUGAUUGUGGCCUUGGCUGUGUGUGGCUCCAUCCUCUUCCUUCUCAUCGUGCUGCUCCUCACUGUCCUCUUCCGGAUGCAGGCCCAGCCUCCUGGCUACCACCACGUCACAGAUGGGGAGGAUCAUGCCUGACAACCACUCAGUCUCCUUCCUUCUGCCUCCUAGGGGAGGUGAACUGGCCUUUGCUCUUUACUGUUGCUGCUCCAGGUGCAUGGACAGGAGACCCUGGGCUGGGCUUGCCUCUGAUUAUCCCAACCUAGAUGAACAAGUGGGGCUUGGCUUGGCCCAUGGCACCUUGUCACUCAGCAUUAAUGUGCCUUGUGUUUACCAAGUACUGUGUUGAACACUGGCUUUCUCCAAACAGAAUUUGCCUCCUCCAUGUCUCCUAAGGACCCGAAGUGUAGACAAGUAUUCAAGUUUCACUGAGGACCUGGGAUAAAAAUGAAGGAUCUGGUACUUUACCUGCUUUGCACCCCAUCAAAUCCUGCUCUUUCUUUUUCAGCAAGGAUUAUUUGGCAAAGGCUCAGAGGGCCCAGUCUGGCUUCUCAGUGUUUAUUUUAGUGGGAAAAAUUGCACAACAUUCAGGGUACAAACAUUGGCACCAAGGACCCAGAUCACCCAACACCCAGUCAGCCAAGUUUUCCUUUGUCCAGCUGAAGCCACUGUCAGCAUCAGACAUACUGCUUUGGGUAUCUGUCACCCCUGCAGCUUGAGCAGACCAGAAGGGGGGUUGUACUUGGGAAGGGAUGGGGGUGUAGAUGAUAGGGAAGUGAAUUGUGGGACACAGUCAUGAAACUACAAUCCCUCAGCUGGGCUGGGGCCUCCAGGCACCUGAGGUAAAAACAGGUUGAGAGCUGGAUAGGUCUUAACUGUGGUCCAGAAUAGGAAUAAGGCAGCGUCCAGAAAAUGUAAGUUUUGGACUUCUAGUGCUGUUUCCGUGCCUCUUCACUUGGAGGCUCCAAGGAGCCCUUUGACCAGGUCAAUGCUAGAAGAUGCACUCACAAGCUCAGUUGGGUAGUUUUAUUGGCCAUGUCAGUAGUGAGCACAAAUCAAAAACCACUACCUAAUCACUCUGCCACUGUACGUUAGACAGGAGAAAAGUACCUUGGCUCCAGGAGAAGCUUGGCUUCAGGCUAGAUACAGAAGGGACCCUUGGGGUAGCUGGGUCACCAGCUAUGCAGGUUUCUGGAGCUAAGUCCAGAGCAGUAACGUGUCCCAGCCCCAUAGUGUCACGUACCCUGGUGUUCCUGCUCCAACCCUAAGACUUGGAUACCUUUGGCCCUUUACACAUAGCCGCGUCUUCUCAUGGGACUUGUUGGCAUGUGGUUCCAAACCCUCUCUUGGCCCACACCUUUAGGAGUGUCUCAUUUCCACAUCCCAGCUUCUUCCUGGCUCCAAAUGAGAAUGUGAUAACCUAGGAGGAGUGAGACCAGUCUGACUUGCAUCUUCCAUUAUCAGUCUCUGAGAGCUUGAGGCUGGCUCAGGGAACCUGGGACUCAGGAAGGAAAUACCAGGAGACUGGACAACAGCAGGCAUUGCCAUGAACAGGAUAAAGUAGGAGGGAUAGAGGGCCCAGGCUGAAGGGUUCACAGUCUCCUGGCUGUCUUCUUGACUGACUGCUACCCUGGGGUGACUGUGGCAGGGCUAAGCUGAGAUUAGCCUGCACUGAACCUUUGGGAGUAGGGUUGGGCUUGGCCAGUCUGAGAUACAACCUACUUCACUCACGCCAGCAUGUCCCCCAUGGAAUUGAAUUCAUUGAGCUGCAGAGAUAAGGGGAUAAGCAUGAGGGAGGGGUGAAGAUAUUGGGAAAAGGGUACAGAGGACUUAAUUUCUGGUCAUUUUUGGUCAAUAAAGUAGGUUGAAUCCCUGCUUCUUCCCAUCAUUACUUGAGGGCCCAAGCCUUACUGAAAUGAUACCAGAAGAUUCUGGGUCAUAGAGCUAAUACAUCAUCUUCCCUGAGCUUCCAUCAAACACAUCGAUUGUCCUUAAUUCAUGGGAUGUACCACUUUUGAAAUUAAGAUCUGGGUAUCGGCCCACAAUGAGGUUGUACCGAUGGCCAGGUUGCCUAGGAGAUGGAAAGGCUGGUCACAAAAAUAAAUGCAGAACACUCUCAAGAGAGACCUCCAACAAAAUGGUUAAUAUAAUUGUCAACUGCUUAAUAACAGAGGUAAGACCCACAUGAAACUAUAAUAGCCAUCACUUGCAUAUGUGCCCACCAUUGCAAAUGUUUAAUCCCCAGCUGGACUCCUUGGCCCUUAGGACACACACCUUCAGGCCUUUUCUCUCUUUUGCAUUUCCUGAGAUUAUAUCAACUAAUAAAUGUUUUAAUGUCAA